CCGCAGAGCCGGAAGGGCAUCCCACCGCCGUCGGGAGCGCGCAAGCGCAGCACCCUGUUUGUCGGUGCCUGGGAAGGGAGGAGGUACGGUCGUAGCCAAGACCGAGGCCGAGCCGGAGCUGACGAGACUUGACUGGGGCCCAGAACUAGGCUCCAGUCCCACGCAGAUCGUAGGGCCCCCGAGUGGAUGGAAUAGGCCGAGCCCUGAGAUCAACGCCAGCCCGGUCAGCUCGGCGCGGGGCCCACAGGGCAGGCAGGCGGGCAGACGUGCAGAAGCCUCCCAGGGCCUUCCCUCAGGUCCCCGGCGAGGGGCCUAGGCCCCGGCCCCGCGACCAGGCCCAACUUGACCCUUUGGGACCGGAGCCAACCCGACCAGAAGUGGAGUCUUCACCGGGGCCAUAGGCCAGUGACUAGGCCGGGCCCGGGCCUCCCGUCGGGGCCGGACUGGGGCGAGGCCCCGGGGAGGCCCCUAACACACUAGACCCUUCCCCCAGGCCGACGCCCUUCGGGAAGAUGCAGCGCGCCCUACCGGGCGCCCGCCAGCACUUGGGGGCCAUCCUGGCCAGCGCCAGCGUGGUGGUGAAGGCCCUGUGUGCGACAGUACUCUUCCUCUACCUGCUGUCCUUCGCCGUGGACACGGGCUGCCUGGCGGUUACCCCAGGCUACCUCUUUCCGCCCAACUUCUGGAUCUGGACCCUGGCCACCCAUGGGCUGAUGGAACAGCACGUGUGGGAUGUGGCCAUCAGUCUUGCCACGGUGGUGGUGGCUGGACGUUUGCUGGAGCCCCUCUGGGGGGCCUUGGAGCUGCUCAUCUUUUUCUCAGUGGUGAACGUGUCAGUGGGGUUGUUGGGGGCCUUCGCCUACCUCCUCACCUACAUGGCUUCCUUCAACUUGGUCUACCUUUUCACUAUCCGCAUCCACGGAGCCCUGGGCUUCCUAGGUGGUGUCCUGGUGGCACUCAAGCAAACCAUGGGGGACUGUGUGGUCUUGCGUGUGCCCCAGGUGCGUGUCAGCGUGGUGCCUAUGCUGCUGUUGGGGCUGCUGCUGCUGUUGCGGCUGGCCACGCUGCUCCAGAGCCCAGCACUGGCCUCCUAUGGCUUUGGGCUGCUCUCCAGUUGGGUUUAUCUUCGCUUCUACCAGCGCCAUAGCCGAGGGCGAGGGGACAUGGCUGACCACUUCGCUUUUGCCACCUUCUUCCCUGAGAUUCUGCAGCCCGUGGUGGGGCUGUUGGCGAACUUGGUGCACGGCCUCCUGGUGAAGGUAAAGAUAUGCCAGAAGACAGUGAAGCGCUAUGAUGUAGGUGCCCCGUCUUCCAUCACCAUCAGCCUCCCAGGGACAGACCCUCAAGAUGCAGAACGGAGAAGGCAACUGGCCCUGAAGGCCCUCAAUGAGCGGCUGAAGAGAGUGGAGGACCAGUCCGUCUGGCCAAGCAUGGAUGACGAUGAAGAGGAGGCAGGGGCCAAGGUGGAUAGCCCCCUACCCUCAGACAAGGCCCCCAUGCUCCCAGGGAAGGGGGCUGCCCCAGAAUCCAGCCUGAUCACCUUCGAGGCAGCUCCGCCGAAGCUGUAACUCCAGACCACCUUGAGUGUAGGCGCCUCCUCUCCCAAGCCCCCCUUUGACACCUCUCAGCUACUCCAGGGCACUGACUGCUCUGAGAAGGAAGAAGGGCUGCUGGGGGUUUCCACAGCCUUCUGCUAUCUCUCGCCAACACUACCCAGGACUCUUGCUACCUGGUUCCAACUCCAGACAACCACUAUGCCAGGCAUGGGGCCUCUGAAGUGUCAGCCAGCCCGGGCCAUCUGAGGUAAGACUGUACCUCAGCAGACAGCCCCAAGCAAGUGGCUGCAGGGACAGUGGUGCCACACCUCCUGGGCCAACCCUGAUGCCUGAUACUGGUUGCCAAGAGCCCUGAGCCAAGGCAAGGAUUUGCCAAAACCGUUCUGGGGGUCCAGCCAGUGCAGGGCUGCACAUUCCUGCCCACCCUCAGAAAGACUAUGUUCAUGUGAAAAUUUCUGAUUCCCUCUGCUGUGGCUAUGGCUGCUUCUUGGCCAGAAGAGCCAUGGCUCCCAAGUAUUUUCUACAGGACCACUUGAGUGGGCAGUGAAGCCCAGCCUCGCAGUAUCAAUAAAGCAGUUCUUUGAGGUA